AUGCUUUUGACGGUUGCUUCAUUGCUUUUUUUAUUUCAGGUUGCAUGGAUGGCGGUUCUCUCUAGAAUCGUGCACCAUUUCAGCCAACAGACCAAAAUUAUUCGCAAUUCGACCAUUCACCUGUUGAAUGAGAUUCACUACAUUGUUCGCGUUGAACCGCGUGCCGUUGGAGUUGUGGUGGUUGGUGCAAUUGUGUGCUUGUGCCUCCUAGCUCUGUUAAUAGCUUGCAAUUCAAGUAAUAGUCUCUCUUUAACCGCCUUUACGCACUUGAUUAUUUUCGAUCUCUUAUCUCUGAUGGUUGCUCUCACAAGUUUAUGGACAAAGAGAAAGUCGGCUUCAUUGCGUGAAUACAACCUUGGGUAUGAACGAUUUGAAGUUGUUGCCGUGUUUUCUGCCACAAUACUGGCAAUACUAUCGUCGUUUUUUGAAAUUAAGGAAGCUGUCGAACGGCUCUUUGAACCUGUUGAGGUGAACUGCAUAUACGCGCUCAUCAUGUGCCCAAUCGCCUUGCUGAUUCAUCUGCUUACUGUGUACGGGAUCGAUAACCCAGCCUUCGGGCACGUCAUUUUAGCCAGCAGUUCCAGUUGGCUGCAAGAGCAUACGACUGAUGUGAGCCGGACGUUGUGCCGUCUAAUACCUGGUCUUUCGCGUAUUCUUCUUCCUCGCGUAAACCCCUUCGCUUUGGUCGGCGUUGCAUCAUCGAGCGUUGUGCUCUGCGUUUGUUGGAUGAUGAGAAGUAGCAUAGAACGGUGGGUUCUGGCGGAGACUCUCGUGACAUCCUCCCCUACCUCAGACCCGUCUGUGGACACAAUCGGUGGCUUAAUCAUCUCCUUGAUGUUAUUUGGCACAAUGAUGCCCAUGAUGCUUUACAGCGGGCGUAUCUUGUUGCAGACUGUCCCAUCGCACCUUGUCGGACCAUUGGAUAAAGCUUUCCGUGAGGCUUCUACGACAGACGGCGUGUUGGAACUGAGGAAUGAACACGUUUGGUCCUUGGGAUUCGGUAAUUUGGUUGGGAGCUUGUAUGUUCGGGUUCGGCAAGACGCAAACGAACAACUUGUUCUGGCCCACGUGACCAACCGUUUGAGCAGCUUGAUCAAGUACUUAACCGUUCAGGUAUACAAAGAUGACUGGACUCGAACAUCUACUACGUUCAGCUGGCCGCCAACAUCAAUUGUUGCACACACCAGCGUUUUAUCAAACAGCCCACUGUCAUACAGUGAAAUCUAUCAGACUGCAAAGCCGAACUUCAUUCCCCCCUCGAUUAGUCGCGUGGACAAGCCAUUUUAUUCAACGAAUCAGCGAAUCGAUGAGAAGACAAUCCCGGUUAUGCCCCCUCCAACAGCUCAUUAA